AUGUAUGUCAAACAGAUUAUCAUUCAGGGCUUCAAAAGCUACAAGGAUCAGACGGUCAUUGAGCCCUUCUCUCCGAAACACAACGUCAUCGUUGGUCGCAAUGGCUCCGGCAAGAGUAACUUCUUCGCGGCGAUCCGUUUCGUCCUCAGUGAUGCAUAUACUCACCUGGGCCGAGAGGAGCGGCAAGCGCUGCUUCAUGAAGGUUCAGGUUCCGCGGUAAUGUCCGCCUACGUGGAGAUCAUCUUCGACAACUCCGACGACAGAUUCCCAACCGGCAAGCCAGAAGUAGUCCUUCGUCGAACGAUCGGACUCAAGAAAGACGAAUAUACUCUAGACCGCAAAAAUGCAACCAAGUCCGACGUCAUGAACCUGCUCGAGUCAGCCGGCUUCUCUCGAUCGAAUCCCUACUACAUUGUGCCUCAAGGUCGAGUCACCGCAUUGACCAACAUGAAGGAUACCGAGCGCUUGACGCUCUUGAAAGAAGUUGCUGGUACUCAGGUUUACGAAGCGCGCCGUGCUGAAUCGCUGAAGAUUAUGCACGAAACCAACAACAAGAAGGCGAAAAUCGAUGAACUAUUGGAUUUUAUUAAUGAGCGACUCGCCGAACUCGAGGAGGAAAAGGAUGAACUACGCAAUUUCCAGGAGAAGGACAAAGAACGCCGUUGUUUGGAAUAUACGAUUCACUCGCGCGAACAACAAGAGAUUUCCAGCAUCCUUGACAAUUUGGAAGAGCAAAGACAAACGGGCGUCGAAGAUACAGAUCUCAAUCGAGACCGCUUCAUCGAGGGAGAGAAGGAGAUGGCUCAAAUUGACGCAGAGAUUGCAGAAUGCAAGCAGCAAAUUGAAUUCCUAAAGGUCGACAAGUCACAGCUCGAAGACGAGCGGCGGGAGACUUCGAAGACUCUUGCACAGGUGGAAUUGCGCGCCAAAUCUCUCUCCGAUAACCAGGUCGCCACUCAAGCACUCAAAGCACGCCACGAUCAAGAGCUCGAGGCUGUCCAGUCCGCGAUUAAAGAGCGCGAGACUGAACUGCAAGAUCUAAUUCCUCGCUUCAAUGCAGCCAAAGAACGUGAGGACGACAUCAAAUCUCAGCUCAGCGAAGCAGAGACAACGCGUCAGCGUCUAUAUGCCAAGCAGGGCCGCAACUCACGCUUCAGAAAUAAGUCGGAGCGUGACAAGUGGUUGCAGACGGAGAUCAAGGAGAAUUACACUUCUAUCUCUACAGUACAGGCGGUGAUGGCGCAGACGCAGGAGGAUAUCAAGGAGCUUGAAAAUGACAUUGCGCUCUUGGAACCUGAAACAGAACGCUUGCGCCAGCAAAUCGAUGGUAGGGGAGACACUGUUCAUUCAGUUGAGCAGCAAGUCCAGGCUGCAAAGGAUGAAAGGGACCGCUUAAUGGACCAAAGAAAGGAACUCUGGCGUGAGGAAGCGAAGCUUGAUUCAAUUCUAUCGAACGCAUCAAACGAAGUGGACCGGGCGGAACGCACUCUUUCUCAAAUGAUGGAUCACAACACGAGUCGCGGAAUCGCAGCCGUCCGAAGAAUCAAGCGUCAGCACAAUCUUGAAGGAGUGUAUGGCACGCUCGCCGAGCUGUUCGAGGUAAACGAUCGGUACCGGACUGCUGUUGAGGUCACAGCAGGUCAAAGCUUGUUUCACUAUGUCGUGGACACUGACGAAACCGCCACCAAGGUUUUGGAAAUUCUUCAACAAGACAAGGCUGGGAGAGUGACAUUCAUGCCUUUGAACAGACUGAGGUCCAGAGCAGCCAACCUCCCCCGUGCCAGUGAUACAAUCCCCAUGAUCGACAAGCUUCAAUAUGAUCCUGCUUAUGAAAAGGCAUUCCAACAUGUGUUUGGCAAGACCAUCAUUUGCCCCAAUCUGCAAGUGGCAUCGCAAUACGCCCGAAGCCAUGGUGUGAAUGCAAUCACACCCGAGGGAGACCGGUCCGACAAGAGAGGUGCGCUCACCGGUGGUUUCCAUGAUUCCCGGCAAUCACGACUUGAUGGGGUGAGGAACUUGACAAAAUGGAGAGAUGAAUACGAAAGCAAGAAGAACCGGGGAACAGAAAUUCGCAGAGAGCUUGAGAAGUUGGAUCAAAUUAUUACAAAGGCUGUGGGCGAACUCCAGAAGCUAGAGCAACAACGACACCAGGUGCAGAACAGCAGUGGGCCGCUUCGGCAAGAGUUGAGGAGCAAGCGUGAUCUGCUUCAAAAGAAGAACGACAAUCUUGAUGCUAAGCGGAAGGCUCUUCGUAAUAUCGAGACUAACUUGGCCGCAUUGAACGAUCAAGUGAAUGCCUUUGAGGCGGAAUUGAAAUCGCCAUUCCAGAAGGCGCUCACGAAUGAAGAGGAGGCACAGUUGGAGUCUCUUAGCGCUGUUGCCCAAGAUCUUCGACAGCAAUAUCACGAACUGUCUGCUCAGCGAAGCGAGUUGGAAGCUCGCAAGUCUAUUCUCGAAGUUGAGCUUCGGGAGAACCUAAACCCGCAUCUUGACCAACUGUUCAGCCGAGAUGUUGAUAUGGUGGAUGAUGACGGCCAGGGCAAUCUCAAGGAGACUGAGCGGGAAAUGAAGCGACUGCGUAAGACGCUCGAGAAUCUGAGCCAGAGGCUUCAACAGGUGGACGAGUCCAUCGAGAAAGCGAACUCUCAGGUCACCGAACUCGAGCAGCAGAAAGCGGAAAUUCGCCGCGAACUGGAAGAGCUGGCGCGAUCCAUUGAGAAGCAUCAACGCCGCAUGGAGAAGAACAUGCAGAAGAAAGCUGCGUUGACCAAGCGGGCAGCUGAAUGCGCGGCCAAUAUUCGUGACCUGGGAGUGCUCCCCGACGAGGCGUUUACGAAGUAUAAGCACACCGACUCGAACACAGUUGUGAAAAAGUUACACAAGGCCAAUGAGGCGCUCAAGAAAUACUCGCAUGUCAACAAGAAAGCGUUUGAGCAAUAUAACAGCUUCACCAGACAGCGUGAAACUCUUACCUCUCGCAGAGAGGAGCUCGAGGCGUCUCAGAAAUCGAUUGAGGAUCUUAUCUCGGUGCUUGACCAGCGCAAGGACGAGGCCAUUGAACGUACCUUCAAGCAAGUCUCGCGCGAAUUUGCAAACAUCUUCGAAAAGCUCGUCCCCGCUGGCCGUGGGCGCUUGAUCAUCCAGCGCAAGACCGAUCGCCCUCUCCGACGGGAUGAGGACAUGGAUUCUGAUGAUGAGCGGGCGCAACAAAGCGUUGAAAACUACGUCGGUGUAGGCAUUAGCGUGAGCUUCAACAGUAAGCAUGAUGAACAGCAGCGCAUCCAGCAACUCAGUGGUGGCCAAAAAAGUCUUUGCGCCCUUGCGUUGGUCUUUGCUAUCCAGGCCUGUGAUCCGGCACCUUUUUACCUGUUCGACGAGAUCGAUGCCAAUCUGGACGCCCAGUACCGAACCGCUGUCGCUCAAAUGCUGCAGUCCAUCUCCGAAUCGACCAAUGGACAGUUCAUCUGCACCACUUUCCGCCCCGAGAUGUUGCACGUCGCCGAGAAAUGCUAUGGAGUUAGCUUCCGGCAGAAGGCUAGCACGAUCGACGUUGUAUCUCGCGAGGAGGCGCUCAAAUUCGUUGAGGAGCAGAAGACGUAA